UUAUACCAACCCAAUCGGGUUUCAUGAAAGUAACACUUACUAAGUCUUUAGGCAUAGUUGGCUCAACCUAUUUAAUGCACCCACAUGCAAUUCAAUCUAUUCAUACUGAAUCCAGUAAACUACUGACAAAACUUUACCUUCAUUGCGUAACAAUCUCUCAUCACACCACAAAUAAAUACCCUUCAAUUUUUGUCAUUACUACUACUAUUAUUAUUGAUCUUCCCUCACAUUGCAAUACGGAGAAAAUGUUCUAAAAAGAAAACUAUAUACAGUUAUAUAAUAGUGAACCAUAUCUAUAUACAUUAUGAAGUUCCCAACACAUUCUUAUCUAUUUUCCACUACAUUUCUUCGUUUGACAAUAUUUUUAGUUGUUUUGUUCAAAACAAAGGCUGUUUUGAAACUGCCGCCAAAUGUUUCGAUUCCAGCUGUGUUUGUGUUUGGUGAUUCAAUCAUGGAUACUGGAAAUAACAACAAUAUGUCAACACCGUCUCGGUGCAAUUACCCUCCUUAUGGAAGAGAUUUUAAAGGAGGAAUUCCAUCCGGAAGAUUUAGCAACGGAAAAGUUCCGUCCGAUUUUAUAGCUUCAGAAUUAGGAAUAAAAGAGUAUCUACCAGCAUAUUUGGAUCCAACUCUGCAGCCUAGUGAAUUGCACACAGGUGUGAACUUUGCAUCUGGUGGUGCAGGAUAUGAUCCUAUGACAUCAAAAUUAGAGGUAGCUAUAUCCAUGUCUGGACAACUAGACUUGUUCAAAGAUUACAUUGUGAGACUUAAAAGACUUGUUGGUGAAGAUAGAACAAAUUUCAUCUUAGCCAAUAGUCUCUUUUUUGUGGUAUUAGGAAGCAAUGAUAUUUCUAACACAUACUAUUUGUCUCAUAUGAGACAAGUGGAAUAUGAUUUUCCUACAUACUCUGACUUCUUAGUCAACUCGGCUUAUAACUUCUACAAGGAAAUGUAUGAACUAGGUGCAAGGAGAAUUGGAGUAUUUAAUGCACCACCAAUGGGGUGUGUGCCAUUUCAAAGAACAAUGGCAGGAGGAAUACAAAGAAAAUGUGUGAAAGAAUACAAUGAUGCAUCUGUGCUCUUUAACAACAAGUUGUCACUUGGGAUUGAUUCUUUUAACCACAACUUUCCAAGUAGCAGAGUUGUUUACAUGGAUGUUUACAGCCCUCUACUUGAAAUCAUUCUAAACAAUCAACAAUAUGGAUAUGGAGUGGGAGACAAAGGAUGUUGUGGCACAGGAACAAUAGAAGUUACUUAUUUAUGUAAUAGUUUGGAUGUCACAUGUUCCAAUGAUUUGGAUUAUGUGUUUUGGGACAGUUUUCACCCAACUGAAUCUGUUUACAAAAAACUUGUUCCCCCUAUUCUCCUCAAAUACUUGCACAAGUUUAUUUAGGUAUAAAAACAUUAUUGAUUAUUUUGUGCAAUUCUAAAUUUACAGAAUAAUAUCAUCUUAGCAAGGAUGAUGCUCUGGUUAAUAUAUUUAAAAAUUUGACAUUGUUUUUUAUUAGUAGAAUUCAUUUUGACUAAAGUGUAAUACAUAUUAAAUAUGAAGCUUGUUCUUCCUUCAUUUCAUCAA